AUUGGUUGGGGCUGCCAGCUGCCAACGAAGGUCAUGUACGUCAUGUAGUUCGCGAUAAAAGAACAGACGUUGACAUCUUGUAGGUAAUGUUGGAACAGUUAUCUUCAAAAUCGAACUCGCGAGGUCGUGGGCGGGUUAUAGAAGUCUUCCCGAAAUGCUGACAACCGUUUCUAAGUAUUUAUUCCCUUUUGCAUAUUUCUUUAUGUGAAACAUUGUGUUUUAAUGCAGUAGUAAUUACAGUUCAGUUUAUGUACAGUUUGUGCUGUUGAUAUAAAAAUGAUGUUUAAAUCAGCUGUUUUGUUACUACUAACGAUACUUAGUGGCAUAAAGGAGGAAGAGGCUUCUGUAGCCACAAGGUUAGCAAAUGAAAAGAAUUCUCAUGCCCCAAAUCUGCUUAGUGAUGAGCAGAUAGUUAAAGUAGCAGGCCUUUCAAACGUCAACCACUUUGAAUAUGUGCUGGAUACCAUAUUAAUACCAAGAGUUGUUGGUACUGCAAAUCAUGAAUUUGUAAAACAGUUUAUCAUCAAAACAAUGCAAGAACUUGACUGGAGAGUUGAAUCAGAUCCAUUUGAAGAAAAUACGCCUAUAUUUGGACGUCUGCAGUUUGAAAAUGUUGUGGCAACUUUAAACCCGAAUGCAAGACGAUAUCUUGUUCUGGCAUGUCAUUAUGACUCUAAAUACUACAGGGAGAACAAUUUUGUUGGUGCAACUGAUUCGGCAGUGCCUUGCGCCAUGAUGAUUAAUUUGGCACGUGUUUUGGCUGAACCACUCAAGAGAACUCUAGCUCAGAAUGACGUAAGUUUGAAAUUUGUCUUUUUUGAUGGCGAGGAGGCAUUUCAGCAGUGGGGUCCAACCGACUCGAUUUAUGGGGCACGGCACCUGGCUGCAAAAUGGGAGCAAAGUGCAUAUCCAAAGGACAAUGCCGAUGGCACCAACCAGCUCCACAGAAUAGACAUUUUAGUCUUGCUGGAUCUACUUGGAGCCCCAGAUCCAGUAUUUUACAGUUACUUUAAAGAAACAGAAAACUGGUAUCGUCGGAUGAUGGCAGCAGAGAGAAGCCUAGCCAGACUGGGGCAACUGGUACAAUAUUCAGUAGGCAAGCCUGAUCAGUAUUAUUUUCAACAGAUGUCGAGACGUGGCGGUAUUGAAGAUGAUCAUAUUCCGUUCAUGAUUCGAGGUGUCCCAAUCUUGCAUCUGAUUCCAGUUCCCUUCCCAUCGGCGUGGCAUACAGAAGACGACAAUCGUAAUGCUGUUGACAUAGCAACAGUUGAAAAUCUGAACAAGAUUCUAAGGCUCUUUGUGGCAGAAUACCUUCAUUUGCAGAUCCCGAUAGUGACAAUGGGGGCGAGUUCUUCACCACUUCUCUUCCUGUUACCACUGCUAACUCCUUCUCGUGUUCUGCUAGCCUAUGCAUAAGAUGCCUGCGUUCAUCUGGUCAAGCCGAUCUUCAUGAAGCUUCAAAUCUUCAUUUCCAUAAAUUCAAAACGUGGAAUAACGGUACACUGAAACCAACCUGCUGUUUUCUUGACAUUCUAAAACCUGUUCAUCUGUUAUGAUACUAGUAUUAACCCUUUGAAGCAUGAAUGUCUUCUGAAUAAUAUUUAAAUAUUUGCUUCCUACCUCACAGUAAACUUAUUAUCUUCAUUACAAAGACCAAUCAGUAAAUGCUGUUUAGGGGAAUAAUCACCGUUUACUGUGAGAGUCAUAGAAAACACAUAAAUACACUGUGUGGGCAAAAUGUAGAGUGUUUUUGGUGUUAAGGCGGUAAAUAUAGUUACAUGCCAUCAUG